AUCCAACUGAAAACUUGUCACAAAGUAUGCUACUAUUCAUUACGACUCUUUCUUCCUCGGCAGAUGUUUCCAUCUCUUCAUCAACUUUUUUGUCAACUUCCCCAUCAGCCUGCUGCAUUGGCGAAGGAGGGCAGACUAAACAUGUUGUAUUGUCUCGAGUCCUCUCGACCAGUGCCAUCAAAGGUUCUUCACUCUCUUCCUCAUCACCAGUUUCCUCACCUCUCGGAAACCGAACAUCAUAUUCCUCUAUUAUAUGGUAAAUUUGAGAUAGAGUACAUGGUCUGAUAUUGAUGAUGUUCAAAUUUCAGCUUUUGAUAUAUUAAAAGCGCAACUUUGACAUCUUUCUACACAUUGAUCAAUAAUUUCUCUAGUCUAAUUACUUCAACAACAAUAUGUUCUAAAUAAUCAAAAACCUUAAACUUAGAUGCCAAAGUUAGGAGCAUCACACGUGCAGCACCCUUUCCACCUCCUCUUGAUCUUAGAAACUCAAGCACCUCAAAAUUGGUGAGUGUACCUGCAUUUGCUUCAAGUAUCUUCAUCACCUGAAAGCAGAAAACUUGCAUUUGCAGAUGCAUUUGCUUUAAGUACUCUGACACUACUAAACUUUUUUUAUAUUUAUUCUUCAAAUCCAAUUAUCAAUAAGAAAAAUCUAAUGCCUAGGGGGUUGACCCGAUUCAGGGAGAUACGGAAGGUUAGAAGUGAAAUUGAGAGAAGCGCACUGCCAAUGAGCCAGAUCUGCCACAAGGUUAGAAGUGAAACUGAGAGAAGCACACUGCCACACAGAAGGGGGGCGCAGCUACGGCAUGCGGGGUUGCGGCGGCGUGCGGGGAUCAGCGGCGUGCAGGAAUCAACGACGUGUGGAGAUCAGCGGCGUGCAGGGAUGCUGGAAUGCGACUGGCCGAUUGCGACCUUGCGUCUUUGGCUCGUUGCGACUCACCGAAGUGCUGAAUAGAUUCGCUGGUUUGGGUUACGAGGAGUUCUUCCGGUGGUCUAUUUGUGAAAUGAAAAGUCUAUUUUUGAAAAGAUUAUUGAACAGUAACAAAUCUGAUAUAAUUUUUGCUUUUUGAUCUAUUUGUGAUAAAUUCCCUAAAAAUAACAAUAAUAUAUAAUAGGAAGGCACCUAACAAUAGGAACCAUCUAAAACUUAGUGGGCCAUCUUAUUAAUUAUAUGAGCCCAAUAUAAUGUAAAAUAAAUUUGUAUAAGUUGAUUGGGUUAAUAUAAGAGUAGUUAUUGUGCAACCCAAAUACUAUUUUGUCCCAAC